GGAGGCCAGCAGUUUGGGGCUGUGGGUGGUUUCUCUAAAGGCCAUGGAAUACUCCACCAGGCCCAGGAUGCCUUUGGACAAAUACUGCAGUGCGGCCACAACCCUGAAGGCCCCUGCCUGGUACUGUGCUGCUCCACCCUGCGAACUCUCCUCUACCUGCCCCUUUGCCCUCCAAGUGCCCUGGCUCACCAGGAGCAACCCCCCCGCGAGGUAUACCACUUAUCACCCAUGUCUCCACAUUGCUGACCCAGCAUGGCAGAGGCCGGGCUGGCUGGGAAGAGUUGGAGAUGCUGCUGACAUGUGGGUCCUGGCAAGAAGGGAACAAGAUGGCUUUUAUUACCGGGCUCAGAUAAAGACAGCUCCAGAGCUGGAGAGGCAGGGGACCCUGCUUGUAGAAUUCGAGGGUCCUCUUGUCACAGGCCUAAAGCAGCAGAGGGUGGUCUUAGAAGAAGUCCUUCAGCUCUCACCAUCCAUAGGAUAUUCACUGCAGCCUGGGGACAAGGUGCUGGCACCCUGGGAGCCAGACCAACAGCGGUAUGGCCCUGGCACUAUUCUCUUGAGCUUGGAAACGAGAGACCCCCACAGAGCAUCAAAGGAAGAGGAAAUCAUUGUUCACUUCUGGAAUGGCAGGACAGCUAAAGUGCCUCUAGGUGGGGUCAGGUGGGUGCCCCCAGCUGUCUGGAAGAAGGCUGUGGAGAGGCUGUGCAAGCCUUUUGUCAGGGAGCACCCCAGUUCCCUGCUCUGGGCCACUUGCUGCUCUCUGCUGGGGCCAGUCACUGGAUGCAGGACCCAUGGGCUUCCUCUGGGCACUUCAUUCCUGUGCCCUCCCUGCCACCCCCACACCUGCUGCCAGCUGCUGUGCCAGGGCUGCCUCUGCUGUUGUCCUUUGUCUGGCCCCACAUGGUGGCCUCUAACCAGCAACUCAGAGGUUGCAGCCAAAGAACCUCCGAAGUCAGAGCCAAAGCCCACAGAACAGCUUUUGCCCCUAGACGGUCCUGACAAGGAGAAAGUAGCAGUGCAUGCUCCUGUGGCUGUUUCCUCCUCCUCCUCCUCUGAAGGGGAUUUAGCGAAUGAUCUGGAGAUGAGCCUUCCCCAGAGACUGAUGGUGAACAGCACAGUCAACACAGACCCCAUCCUUCUUGAGAAGCCUCUGAGGCAGAGUGGCCUCCAUAAGCCUGUGUGGAGGUAUUGGAGGAGAAAUGGGCCUGAGCCACACCCUGGGAAGCCAGGAACAAGAUGCUGCAACAUCAGGAAAGAAGAGAACAACAAACAGGAGAGAGUACAAGCUGUAGCACUGGGGACUACCAAGGAGCUGGCCCUGAAAGCAAAAAAGCCACCACAGACCCUGCCAGAGGAAGGUGAACACAGAAAACUGUCAGGGUAUUGCGACACAGAGGGUCAAGAAUUCCUUAGACUAAAAGCCCUGAGGAUUCAGGAAGUUAAACAAUGAUGGUAAAUACUUGAGGAGGAGCUACAAAGAGAGGCUGACAAGGCCUUCUUCAAGGGAAGGAGGUAGCGUACAGGCCACAGGUGACAGCUGAAUGAGCAGCAGCGUCUCCAUCCCAUUAAAACUUCCCUGCAGAUGAGCAGCAGGAAGGCACCUGUCGUGAGGGGAACAGGAAGGAGUGUGGCGGCCCUGCCCCAGGCUCUCUGCCAGAGGCCUGGUGAGAUUGCUUGAGGAUGCCUCUUCCACAGAAGCUACAGGGUGUGGUCAGUUUGCUUUAGGCGAAUGUGUCCACAGCCUCUCUGCCAUGUUUUCAUAAAGGCUACAGUUGUACAUGAGCAACCUUUUGUUUCACCUCUCACUACCAAUAAAAGUGAAUUCUCUUCA